AUGUCUCGUAUGCGAAUUGCGCAUAUGUUUACUUACUUACACGGCGGAGAGACAGACGGGCAAAUUGCUAUGCGCUAUGUCCGAUUCAAGUCAACCGAACUUGCUGGGGGAACGCUGAUUCACUCGACCAUGGCGCUAUUUGCUAAAGACGCCAGAGAGAAGAAUGUCGUUAGCAUUGAGGAACUCUUCUCCCUUUCUCGAGUCUCGCCAUGCGCCCGGCUCGUCGGACGACGUUGCGUAGCGCCCGAUAAUAUUCGCUACUCGAUGGUGGCGCGAACGGCGUCGCUGGUCCGCGCAGUACGGCGGGUGUCAGUCGGUAGGAUCCGGGCGCCUUACCACGGUUAUUUUGUGCCUCGCUCCGCUGUAACGCAUCCUUUGACUCCAGGUUUCUCCGCAGUAAACUGGACCCUUGUCCAUAACAGCGCGGGUUGGGACAAUGGGAUUGGACGGGAAAGGGUGAUGAAGGAUGAGCGAUCUGUCGGCCUUGGACGUACAUGUCCCAUUCGGCCUUACUGCCGCUCGGCGACGUUCCCAACCAUGGCGGCGGCGACGGGGUGGGAGGGCAGCCAGGCUAGCCCCCUAGCUACGGGUUUUGGGUGUUUGGGGUAA